AUGCCAUCAAUUCUAUACUUUGCAAAAGAAGGCGGACGUGUGAUUUCUUAUGCUGUCAGAGCAGUUGCUUUUUUCCACAUGUUUUCAAUGAACGCUUUUGAGCUAAGUUCAACUUCGGGAGAUUCGAUGCUUCCCACAUUACAUGUAUCUGAUGACUAUGCAAUUGUUGAUAAACGGCAUAAAUAUGGCCGUAAUGUGCAUAUGGGGGAUGUAAUAGUUGCCAGAAAGCCAAAUUCACCAGAAAGUUGGGUUUGCAAACGAAUCACAGGCAUGCCUGGAGAUAUUAUACUUAUAGAUCCAAGCCGCAACACUUUAAAGGGCCUAAGAGAUCAAGUGGCAGAAACCACAACUAAAAUUGAAGGCCAGGAAGAGCUAAAGCGUUCAAAUCUUAAUGCAAACUUCAAUAAUUACGUGAUAGUUCCUGAAGGUCAUUGCUGGGUUACAGGUGAUAAUCUUACAGAUUCGAUUGAUUCCAGAACAUAUUCAGUUCUUCCGAUGGGUCUUAUAUGUGGCAAGCUGAUUAGAGCAUGGUAUGUUCCACGAAUAUUGUCUUUUAAGGACCAGUACUUUAGGCAGAUGGACAAUACAUACUGUGAAGAAAAUUGGUAG